AUGAUCGGACACCUGUUUAGCAGCCGAAAAGGCACCAGCGCGUCUCACGCGACGCCGCCGACGGUGCUCGACUCGGCGACGGAAGAGAGCCACACGCGCCAUCUGCUGUAUCCCGAAUCCAACACGCUCUACCACCCCGAGGGCCAGCCGUAUCCUCUGCAUGCCGCGCCUCUGACCCCAGGGAGCGGCCAUGACGGGCCCCUGCCGGAGAUAGACCUCGACUACCCGCGCGACUGCCGCAUCAUCAUCGCCCAGGACGAGACGCCCGCCAUGCCCAAGACCAUCCUGUUCGACUCGAAGCCUGCCCCGCCACGCGUCGACCCUCCCGCCUCGCAGAAUCUGCGGACGCGACCAUUUGGCGGCGCCAAUGCCAGUAAUGCCCCUACGGCUGGGCCAACGUUUGGGGGGUUGCACGCCCGGAGGUCGUCGCUCGUCACAGAGCCCACGGCACCACCACGUUCGCCCACGGUUGGAGGCUUUACGCGCAUACGCACCCGCGGCAGCUCCAUAUCCUCCAUGCCCAACAUCGACGAGCAUGCCCAGGUUCAGGCCAAAGCCCAGGCAAGGGCCAAGGAAUCAACCGACCUGGCCAACAUCUGCCUCGAUUGUAUGUUCGGCAACCUGGCCAUGAACUACCGCGGCAACUCGAACAAGAUACACAUUGUACCGCUCGACACGAGGCCAGCCGAUACCUCUCUACUGAGCACCAGCGCCCAGGACGCUACAAACUCUCUAGGUCGCGCCGAGGGCCUUCGUAGAAGAAGUCAUCUCGCCAAAUCCUACACACCCGCAAACCUUCCAACCGAUCUGCCCCGCGCUGACUCCAAUGAGAGCAUACCAAAAGAGCCCAAGCGACGUACCAUCUUCAUAACACGCAUGUUCUCCGUCACUGUACCAGAAGAGGAGCACCAUGAUCGCACACCUACCCCGCAGAGCUCACUGCCAAAAGGCAAUGGCUUCCCGUUCCCAGCAUCAACCGCGAAACCAGGUGCCCCCAAGCCGCCAUACCCCUCGCACGUACGAAAGAGCCCCAUGUAUGCCAUUACCAUCAUCCUCCACCUUCCCAUAUCAAAUACGUCGCCUAGUAUGAGACCCUCUUCCCGGAGUGCCAAUAUCAGAACUCCUGUGCAUCUAUCUACAUCGGCUCCUGGACAGGACUCGCUCGGUUCUUCUCUGGACUCGGAUCGACGCGCAGGAUGGGCCUUCAUCGACUCCAACCUGGGUGUCGAUUCACUUUUAUCCUCGUCACUGUGUAGCGAUGUUGAUGACCGUGUUGAUGUCGUUGGGCAACACUGGGACGUCAUCAUGCGUGCCCUUAGUAGUCUCCAACACGUGGUACAAGAGAGAAUAUUGGCCCAAUUCAAGGCACCGAGGUCGCCAGAAGGCAUACCCACGCCUACAGCCCAUCACCAGCGAAAUCAGCCUUCACGGGCUAGUCUCCGGGACAACCCUCUCCACGCCAGCCGGCGAGCCCUAAGACUGCAGCCCAACGCCCUCAUGAUGGACAAAGAAAUACAGAGUGCGGCAGAGCUGACCGGAAAUCGCGUCGUGAGCGGCAUGAGAAUCCCGCGUGUGAUGACAGGUCAAGGCAAAUGGGGUGUCUGGCGCGAAGAGGCCAGAUGGCUUGGUCGCUGGGCAGGUCGACGAGAGCAGAACUUUUUCUUCUUCAACCUACUUACUGCCUUCCUCGGGAAUCACACCGAGUGGCUCAACGUCUUGGGGCCCAAGUGGCACCGUAAGCGUCAUCGCGAACAGCAAAAGGCAGCUGCUGGUGAGAAUCUGACUAUUCCUAGUCGCACGGUCAUCGUUUCUCCAGACAAAAUGGCUGCACGGAGACUCAUUUUCUUGCUCGCUGCCUUCUUGCCGCCUAAUGCGUCUGCCAUGGGUGAAAGCACCUACGCGCGCCCGGGCACUUCAGCAUCUCUCCGUGCCUACUCGCAGUCACCUCCGACCAAUAUGCCACCCUCAAGGCAGCCGUCUCUACGGCGACAGAUCAAACGAGGACCACGGGGCAAGCAAAGCAUGUCCAAUAUCCUUUUGCAGCCACCCAAACUCCAGAGCAUUCAUCAGCCAUCCACACAGACUGCAGACGAGCGUUCUGAGUCGGUCUUGAUUGAGACUCAGGAGCCAAUCCGGCCGCUUGGACACUCUCGGCGUUCUUCGGCACAUUCAGUUCGCACCACUUUAGUAGUCCCAUCAAUGCCAGAAGGCCCGAUCACAACAGGCAGCGCUGCUACUACCUCAACAGCCAACUCCCAAGAUGCGAUGCCUGUCGCUCACUUCACAUUCCCUAGGACGAAGUCGUCUGGUACCAUGCCUGAUAUAAGACCUGAAAGUAGUGAUAGCCUGGCUUCCACGAAUUUGAUCAGCACCCUGCAAAGGAGUGGCACGGGUCAAACGAGUCUCGCUAGCAAUGAUUCUAGUAACACAAGUCGCUGGAGUGGCUUCAUGAACUUUUGGAGCGGCCGUCGUUCUUCUUCGACCGAUCAGAGUGAGUACUUCCAGACGACGGAUGAUGGCGUGGGCUACCGUGGGCAAGAGCGUCCUCGUUCGCAGCUUGAGCAGAUGGUGCAGGAGCUCUCCAUGGACCGCGUAUUCGAGAGUGAUGCUGCCGAUUGCCCACUUCCACAAGAUCCAGGCGAGAAAACCUCUCCUGGACUGUACUCGAACGCUGGCUGUCCUGGCGUUCCUGCGUCUGCUGCAAGGCCAAUUCCAGAGCGUCAGAAGACUUAUGAGAGUCAUUUGAAAUUAUCUGUGAACGAAAAGGAUGGCGUCAUCGACGUCGACCUUCCAUUGCCUGACUUCGACUCACCUCUUCAGUCCCCACUGCUAGGGGGUUUCGGGUCAGCUUCAAGUCAACCAGGUUCCAGCUUCGGCGAGUCUUCCGUUCUAUCGGCGCCCCACUGUGAGGCAGAGCAGCCCGUUAAUGUAGCGGGGUGGCUAAGUCAGUUUCAUCCCGAUUUUGCCGUUCAAGCUAUAAAGCCUUAUCGCGAACUUGUACGCGACAUCAAGCGAGCAAUGAGUGCUGAGCCUACACCUUUAAGUACUGUGACUACACCGAGCCUAGAGUCUGGCCCACUUGAACGUUGGAUGGACAUCUGUUCCGCUCUCAUCGCCGACACGAGCAACUUCUCAAUCAAACGCAUCAGCUUACGGCGUCUCGUGAAGCUUAUUCCUACGCCUACCUACCAGUCCUCGGCUAUGACACCGGGUGUUACUGGUAUGGCUCCCGCCCACUCGCGGUACGGCAAUCCGUACACUUCCGGCUCCGCUGCCCCAAUGAUGACCGAAGUCCAUCUCGCCGAGAAAUUCGUUACCGAAACCAUUAUGGAUUUUGAUUCUAUCCUCAUCGAUGGCGUGGAUCGUGUACUGGCGCAAUCUGGAGAAGUGACUCGCGUCAACUCUGCCCAGUCGUCUCGAUCAAGCAGUAGAAGAGGCCGUCGAGAUACCAGAACGGAAUCGGAGGCAAUUCCACAUGUUGAAGUCCCGCAUGUGGAUUGCAAGAGUGUGCUCUUUGAAGCGCUGGAGAUUGUCGUCAAAGAUGUGGCCGCUGAGCGCAGUGGUAGACAAAACUCUAAAGAGGGUGAUUUGAGGAAGACGACAAAGGGUAUUCACCCGAGGACCGAGAAUGACUCCUCUCUGAAGGAGGGUAUUCGUAGAUGGUUAACAGAGGUCGAGUAA